CCUUGGCCGUAUCCUUCCAACAUGUAUGUGGCUGGUUCGCCCUAAAACACGCGUUGUGAAAUCAAUCCUAAAACUCCUGCCGCUGCCAGAGCCGGGCUCUGCUGCGCUGCAGCGAACACGGAGCGGCGGAGCGGCCGCGGGCGCGGAUGCGGUUGUGCAGAGGCAGAGCCCGUGGCACGUCUGUACCCGCACGUUAUGUAACGCGAGUGCAGCGGAGCGUACGAGCCGGGAAAGAGGCACAAACCCCUCGCCAACACCCAGCUCCUUCUGCGCCGCGGCGGGCGGGGGCUGCGGGGGCUGCGGGCCCGGCCGCCCCCCGGGCGGGAGCCGGAGCGGAGCCGCCCGCCGGCCGCGCCGCCGCCCCGCCCGCGGUACCCCCGCCGUUGGCGUGGAAACGGGCUGGCGGCUCCGGCUCCUCCUCCAGCGCCAGCCCCGCGCUCCCCCUGCCCGGCUCCCCGGCGAGAGCGCGGAGCACCUCCCUGUCUCCCGCGGGGGGCCGCCGGACAAGUGCUCCACGGCCGCCUUUAGAACAGCCCGGGUUUUUACGGUUGUGUUUUCUAGGGAGAAGAUGGGAAAGGGCAGGUUCCUGCUCCUGCUGGGGCUGCGGGGCUAGUCCCUGCAGUCGUGGUGUGUCUGCUCGGCAAAUCACAGAUGCUGAUGUGAAAAAGGGCCAAAGCAGAGGAGAGGCGUCAGUGGAUGCGAGCGUUUGUACUGAUGGAUUGAGGAGGUGGAGGCUGCCUGCCUGGUGCUGGAGAGGCACAGAUUUGACAGCUGAACAGACACAGCUCUGCAGAACAGAGAGUGUUUUGCCAUUAACUUGGCUGUCUCCAUCAAAUCAUUUGUUUGGAAGCUAUCAUGCAAAAAGCUCAGAUCUCUGCCCUUGGAUUAAGGACAUUAUAGGAGGAGAGGCCUAUAUAUAUAGAAGGAUGAAGAUCCAGUCUUCAAGAAGCCAGUGACAGGUGUAAUCAAAAUAAAACCUCUUAGCUAUAAGGCAUAUUUAGGAGGAAAACUCAUGCUAUCUUUUGUUACCAAAGCACUGAUUGCAUUUUCAGAGAAGAAACCCCUCCUGUGUACAUAUGUAUGCUUAUAAGGAAGAAAAGCUGAUUAAUUCUGUGCAAGGCAUGGAAAUUUCACUCUGACAAUGGACCUUACAGAGAGGAAUAAACUCCGCAUGCUACGUAAAGAAUGCUACACCUCUGGCUGAGAUUAUGUGCUUGUCACUUCACAGGCCAGAGCUCUUCACAGAAGAGCUGAAAAAGUCUUCUGAAGGUACUACCUUGAAUUUUGUAAGCCUCCAGAAACAGUUUGAUGUUUCAGUUGCAGACCUUGGUUUCGAAUUUAGUGUUGAUAAUCUAAAAAUAACCAGCCAGGUAGCUCUGAAGGACUGAAGUGAAAGUGGUCUGGUUCUCUCAGUUCUGACUAUGCACUGAUGGAACAAGAAUUCAAGAGUGGUGAUGAGGAAGUCCAAAUUUCAACUAUUAUAUUGAUGAAAGAAUAAUCCCAAGAAACACUAUACUGUUCCAAAGCAACCAUAAUCGAUUCUCUUUGCAAAGUUCCCUGGCAAUUUAAGCUCAGAAUUUUCCUGUAUUGAAAUGGAAAGAGAGGAGGCUCAAAACCACUUAGCUUGGCUAUGGAAAGAAGCUUACAAAGUUUGCAUCUCUUUAUUGAUUAAGCAAGCUGCAGGUACUGUGUUUAACAAUACUGUUCUCCAAGGGGAAAAAAGAAAAGAGUUGUUACAAAGAUCAGUAACUCUUCCUUUCUCAAAUUCAUGAAGCAAAGUUAAACAGCAUCUUUUGCUUCUUAAUUUAGUUAUUUAAAUGUUCAGUGGGGAUAGAUAAGAUGAAAGAAAACUCAGGAGGACAUCUGUCUGAGUACAAGAUAUUGAUAUAAAUAGAGAGGCUGGGAAAAGUAGUUGUGAGUUUUCAUUUUCUACUUCAGACAAACCAGUCAGAACAGAACUGUGCAGGGAAAGCACUGCCAUAAGCUCUUGCUGAGGGAGAAACUGGGGCACAGCUCAGCACUGUUUGUUUUCACGUAGGUUUAGAUAAUAAAACACAGAGGGCUGAAAGGGAGAUUUGAUUUACUAUUGUUCAGAAACCACAUUUUCUUUGUCUGCGAGUUUCAGCUGUCCCUAUGCUUUUACUAUAACUUUAGAUAUUUGCUUUUCUUUACAUUUUUUUCCCAUCUGUAUUUUCCAUUUGGCAUAAUAAAAGGUUUGGAAGUGUAGAAGUGGAGUAAAAAGUGAAUGGCUUGCUGCAAGGAAGCAGACUCUCUCAUUCAUUUAUUUUCCCAUUGUUUGGCAGGUGGAAAGCACAGAUUUACAGAGCUGAAGUGGAUCAGCUGAAGAAGUGGGGAAGAGAAACAAAACAAGUACAGUACCAGUGAAAGGAGCUUCAGCUUUAUCUUGCAGCAUCACCACAGCAACCAGAGAACACAAUCAGAAGAAAAGGCUAGAGCAGAGAAGGCGAAAGUGCAGCUUCUUACCUUUGGACAGAAGGCAGCAAAAUCAUUAUGCAGAACAGAAAUGGUAUUUGAUGGUUCUAGACAAACUGCGGCAAAGGGAAGUGUCCCGUCAUUAACAGGAAUGUGCCACAGUUCAUGCACUGGAAAGGGGAGUGCCAUGAGAUCUGGUGAAGAGACUAUUUCUGUGGCUGCAUACCUACAUGGGUUUGCACCCUUGCUGGGACUCAAUUAGGUGGCUGUAGGCAUCGGGGAUCAUCAGGUAUUGGAUAGUGACCUUUAUUCCAUUCGGGGUGUACCUGGCACGAGAACUGAAAGACACUGCAGAUCUUUUUGAGCGACGGCAACAGAGUGAGCCAAUCUGCACCCCUUCCCUUCUGUACCUGCCUGCUGUACCAUGGGAUGUCGGCAAAGCUCUGAGGAGAAAGAGGCAGCGCGGCGGUCCCGUAGGAUUGACCGCCACCUGCGCUCUGAAAGUCAGCGACAACGAAGAGAGAUAAAACUCCUCCUCCUGGGCACCAGCAAUUCUGGGAAGAGUACUAUCGUAAAGCAGAUGAAAAUCAUUCACAGCGGUGGCUUUAACUUGGAGGCCUGUAAGGAAUACAAACCUCUGAUUAUCUAUAAUGCAAUUGACUCUCUCACACGUAUCAUUCGGGCUCUGGCCACCCUCAAGAUAGAAUUUCACAAUCCUGACAGAGCAUACGAUGCAGUGCAGCUUUUUGCCCUGACAGGCCCAGCUGAGAGCAAAGGGGAGAUUACCCCGGAGCUGCUGGGGGUGAUGAAGAGGCUGUGGGCAGACCCCGGUGUGCAGGAGUGCUUCUGCCGCUCCAACGAGUACCACCUGGAGGACAACGCUGCCUACUACCUGAACGACCUGGAACGGAUCGCAGCCCUGGACUACAUCCCCACGGUGGAAGAUAUUCUGCGGUCUCGGGACAUGACCACAGGGAUUGUAGAAAAUAAGUUCACCUUCAAAGAGCUGACUUUCAAAAUGGUGGAUGUGGGUGGACAGAGAUCUGAACGCAAAAAGUGGAUCCACUGUUUCGAGGGGGUUACAGCAAUAAUUUUCUGUGUGGAGCUGAGUGGGUAUGACUUGAAGCUGUAUGAAGACAACCAAACAAGUCGAAUGGCAGAAAGUUUGCGUCUGUUUGAUUCCAUCUGCAACAACAACUGGUUUAUCAACACUUCCCUCAUCCUUUUUUUGAAUAAGAAAGAUCUGCUGGCAGAAAAAAUCCGACGCAUCCCCUUAACAGUCUGCUUUCCUGAAUACAAAGGCCAAAACACUUACGAGGAGGCAGCAGUCUACAUCCAACGCCAGUUUGAGGACUUGAAUCGCAACAAGGAGACCAAGGAGAUCUACUCACACUUCACCUGUGCCACUGAUACCAGUAACAUACAAUUUGUGUUUGAUGCAGUGACAGAUGUCAUCAUUCAGAACAAUCUCAAAUACAUUGGCCUCUGCUAAGAAUCCUUGGGUUUAAUCUGUUUUCCUGGAGUGAUAAAAAAGGGGCUAACUUCUUCCACUUCUAGUGGAAAAAAAUUGGGCAAUGCUUACUAGCCCAAGGAGAGAAAAGGGGGAAAUCUGAUAUACGAACACAGUUCCUCUUAUGCCCCCUUAACCUGCUACAUCAUUUUCCCCAAAUAUAUGUUCUGGAGAGUGAGAGCCUCCUCUCCAAGAAAACCAAACACCCCCAGUGGGAAAAAAAAAAAAAAACAACCAAAAACUCAAAAAGCCCAAACAAAAACAAAAAAAGAGAUUGAGGCCAAACUCUGUGGAGAUGUUUCACCACAGUCACUGCACUUUUAUUCCAUUUGUUUCAUUCCAUUUCCUACAGUGGGAGUGUUAUCAUGUUCUGUGUAAGAAAUGACUCUUCAUCCAGUUGUCCUAAAAUUUUAUUGACAUAAAAAUAUAAAUCUGGUGAGUGACAGAUGAACUUGUUUGCAGGGUGGGGAGCAGAAUGCUUGUGUUGGGGAGAAAAGCUAGUUCAAACCAGAACUUACUGAAUGAGAGAGUUUAAGCAAAAUACUACUUAAAUCUGUAGAGAGUGGGCAUGCACCCACAAUAUUGGUAUCCACAGUCAAGAGUAUGUACACAUCCAUCAUGUAUGCACAUGCACAUGACUCUCAGCAUAUACUAUGUACACACCUCUGCUUUACUUUACUGUUUCUCAUGGACACCUUGCCUAUUAAAGGAAUUGUUGGUGCGCAACUGUUUUGUGAGUUCCUAACUACUAGCAGCUCUUUCUGCUCUUUAUGGCUUCAAAUAUGCAGCAAAACUACAUGAAAUGAAUCUUUGAAUAGGCCAAAUUAAGGUCGGUGUUUCUUCUACUGUUAAGGAGUUUUAUACAUCAAAACAGUCUUCUUUUACAUCUUUUUUUGCCAAAUCUUGUGGUGUUUCAUGAAAAACCAAAUUAUAUUAAAAAGUAGGUUAGUGUUCCUUUUUUAAUACAGAUUAAAAAAAUAAAUCACAAAGCAAUUUUUUAAAUUAUUGUUGUAGUGUCUGGAUUGCUGAAUGUGAAAGUUGCCAACGGACAAUUCUGUUCCACUGCUCCAAAUACCUUCUGGGUAUUGUAAUAUUAUAACAGAUUUCCCAAGAAGCAGGAGCCAUGGAGAUUGUGUAGUGUAUAACCUCAAAAGUCUUUUUUUGUUGGUUUUAAAAAUUAUUUUUAAAAUGUGAUGUGUUAUUAGAAGGUUAAAGAUGAGCGAUAUGAACAAUAACUAAAUGUCUUGUUAUUUCAAUUUAAUAAUUUAAAUUAUUUACAGUUUAGUGAAGUUAAGGAAACUGAAGAGAUGCAAUCCUCAGCUCCAGGUUUCAUCUCAUAAAGAAACACUGCUGGAGUAACAUUCCUGCGAAAGUUAGAAUGCAUAAGAAGCUCUGUGGGACUACACUGGAAAAUCUCAUAUGGAUGAUAUAGACCUAAGUCUUUGGUUCUUUGCCCUGCCAUAGAAAAGACUUCUUAAAGACAUCAGUGUAAAGUUGGUGUGUAAAUAAAUGUUUGAUAACUGUAAAGCACAUACGUACACAGAGACACAGACACACAUGCACACUGGAAAAUCACCUUCUACUUUUGUUCCCCUUAUGUACUAUGAUUAGUGCAAGAAAUCUCAGCCAAGGGCUCUAAGAAAAUUAAAACAAAAUGGUUAAUAACAUCAACAUUUAAAUUGUCCACUUCAAAAAUAAAUAAUUCAAAUGAUA